AUGUCCUACGACGAGAACGGCAUCCCCAUCGUCCCAGAGUCGCUCCAGUUGUACGACUCGUUCAAGCAGGACCCGCCAUUUGCAAAGGCAUUUACGUACACUUGGGUCUCUGUUGCUGUGUUCUGCGUCCUCAUCAGCAGCCCUCGAAUAGCCAGAUCAAUCAAGACUGGUCGGCUUUGGGCUGCGCUCCGAGGUGUUGGAGAGGACUAUGGACCUACGUCUUAUGAAAGUAUCGACACUGCAACCUCGAGCGAAAAGCACUCCUCUGGUCAAUCAAGCCGUAGACCGGCAACGCGAUUGCGCGGAUGGAUGAGCGCGCUGGCGGGUUGGAGCUUGUAUGAACCUCCCUUUCUCAGACUGGACGUCGGGCAGAUCAUUCUUCUUCUCGGUUACCUGAGUACGCUGUUGGCUUGCAUUCUCAAGGAUGCACAGUUACGAACAAAUGCCAACAGGGCAGGGUUCCUUGCAGUCGCACAACUGCCUCUUGUCUUUCUUCUCGCCACGAAGAACAAUAUCUUAGCAACCUUGAUGGGCCGUGGCUACGAAAAACUCAAUUUCUUACACCGCUGGUCUGGCCGCGCUAUAUUCCUCUCGGCGACCAUUCAUGGGGCUCUAUGGAUACAAAGUCACCUCAGGAUUGGUGUCAAGUUUAAUCAAGAUAAGGAAAUGAGAGGCUUGGCAGCAUAUGCUAUCCUCUGUUUGAUCGUCCUCACCUCAGUCAAACCCGUCCGGAAGCUAGCAUACCAGUUCUUUUUCAUGACACAUAUUGUUGGCUUUAUUGCAUUUUUUGUGCUUGUCUGCUAUCACACGCCAUAUGCUCAACCGUGGAUAUUCCCAGCCAUUGCCUUUUACGCCUUGGAUAUGCUGAUGCGCCUCUUCCGCUUCCGCUUCAAGCCCGCCACCUUGUCCGCCCCGGAUAGCCAGAUAACCUUUAUUAACGUUGAUGGAUGCGACUUUGGGUGGGUUGCAGGUCAACACGUCCGAGUGCGUGCGCUCUACGGAGGCCGCGUCUUUGAAUCCCAUGCUCUCUCCAUUUGCAACGCACCCGCCAACAUUUCUACCAUCUCAUCCUCGCACGGACAGAUUUUCCUCGCCGCGCGCGUCGUUGGUGAUUGGACGCGCUCUCUCAACGCCUUUGCGCAAGCGAUCGAUGAUCAUUCCACGGAAGAACAAUGUUGUGAUGAUAAGCUCCCGGAGCAGCAGAUUACGGUCAUGCUUGAUGGCCCGUACGGUGGGAUUAGUUUCGACUUGGGGACAUAUGAGCACGUCCUCCUUGUCGCAGGUGGAGCUGGGAUUACGUUCACUCUUGGAGUAUUGGAUGAUCUCGUUGGGAGGAUUGUCAGACUGGGUCGACCCUAUGGAGAACGGACGAAUAAGAUCGAGUUGGCUUGGUGCAUCAAGUCGUUUGGAGCGAUUAAGUGGUUUGCAUCACAGUUAGACGACGUCGCCACUGCAGCUGCGAAAGAUCCAUCACUGGAGCUUCACAUCAAGUUUUUCGUCACUUGCUUGUGUGAUCCUGAGCAAGUUCCAGAUAUACCCAAUAGCGAGGCCACGAUGGAGAAGCCUUCGAUUGCCGACAUGCUAGAUGAGUUUGUCUCUGGAGCCUCGCACGGUACUGGGGGGAUAGGAAUUGCUGCAAGUGGACCUCAUUCACUCGUAUCAGAGGCAAGAAACACCGUCGCAAAGCUAGGUCUCCGAGCAGCCCGAGUUGGAGGAGUCGCAUUACACACCGAAGUAUUUUGUCUUUGA